AGAACAGUGCUGCCAAUUGCUACGUUGGAGUAGUCGUUGUGAUUGGCAAAAACAACUAUCCUCUUGCCAGUAAAUUGUUCGGAAUAGAAAUAUAAAGUACCCGUGACGCCAUAAAAACCGUGCGAAUUAAAAUAGAGCAGUGGGGCAGACUAAAAGUGUUAGAAUCCAGGUAGCAGCAGCAGCAACGCCGCUGGCUGAGCAGCUCCUACCUUGUUUUCUUUUUGUUUUUUUGUUGUUCUUUUUGGGAGCCAACGAUGCUGCUGCUGCUAUCGCCGCUGCCGCCGCCUUCCUAAAACGAGCGAAAAACAGCAACAACAACACCAACAAUAAUAAGAACAACGAGCACAAAGGACGCUUGCAGCAAACGAGGCACGGGCCUGGGCACGCCCACCAAAACGAAGGCAUUAGCCUUGUUUUAUAGUGCGACGCGCAGCUAUGCCAAUAACAAAAACAACAACCAGUACCACAACAAAAGAAAAUUGCGAUACGCAAAUGGCGUCGGCGUCGCCGUCAGCCGAGGAGGAGCUGCCCAAAGCAGGAGCCGAAAAUCAUGCAAUUUCUGCAGUUGACAGAGAAACAAAAAUAGCGACAAUGCCGCUGCCAAAAACGCCAACAACUACAACGCCGCGAGCAACACCAACGCCCACGUUGCUGCCUCUGCUGGCUUCGGCCGCUGCAUGCAAUAAACAAUUGCUCUUCUGUCGCCGCUUUAAGGAUUCAACAGCGUCAAAUGCCACGGACGGCUUUUUACGUAACUUCAACUCAUUGCCGCUCUUCGUAUAUGCAACGUCCCCGUCCACGCAUGCCACCUCGGCCGAUGGUGUGGGUGUUGCCAAGGAGGCUGCGGCCGCAGCUGCGGCAGCGUUUAAUCAAAAGAAUGAAGGCUUUGAACUUGCAACGACGCAUGGCACGAGCAAAACGGACGGCAGCUGCCUCAGCCACAAUCAGAACAUCAGCAGCGGCAGCAGCGCCAGUAGUAAUAGCGGCGGUUGCACACGCACCACCGCCAAGUUGGCCAUGGAAUGCUUGCCACUGACUGGAGCGCAUCAUACGCACAUGAUGGCGACCGCCAAUACAAAUGGAGGCGUUAGUACCGCCGCCUCUUCGGUGCUGCCCACAGCGGCUGUGGUGGUGGGCGCCACAUAUCCGCAUCACAUGCACCACCAUCAUCACCACCAGCUGCUGAGCCACCACACGCCGUACGGCAAUGCCAGCUAUGCGCUUCACCACAGCGGCAGUCAUCAUCACAUCCACAGCGAGCAGACCAAAUCGCUGCAGGAACUUCAGCACGAGGUUGGAGCGCUGCUAGAAUUCCGAGAUCUGGUCAUUGAAACGUUUCCCGAUCUCAAGCAUAAAAUGGCCUCCAUGUCCGCAACGCCGACAUCCGCAUCGUCGGUGGUAGUAAUGGGCGGCGCCGGAGGCGGCAGUCAUUCAGUGGGCGCGUCCGGGAGUAGCAGUUCAUCGUUAGCGACCAGACGCGAAUGGGAGCCUGGCAUACGUAUGAAACGGAAAUUAUCGCACAAGGAACCGUCCACAACGUCCGCAGGAGGAGCCGGAGCAGUUUCCACAGCAGCUGGUGGCAGUGGAGAUACCCAGUUGUCAUCCUCAUCGUUGACACGCAGUCGCAGCAACUCGCACAGCGGCAAGAAAGAGCCAAAGAGUGGAGAGAACAACAACGGCAGCGUUGUGCAGGACUCCGGCUUCUCAACCGAGACCAGUUCCUCCAAGGAGGGUCACAGUGCCUCCUCAACCAAUGGUGCUAUGACAGUGGCCAUAGCAUCGAAUCGCCUGAGCUGUGCCGAAUCAGAUGAUGAGCUGCUUAACCUGCUAGACGUUAUACAUCGCAAAUCGAACCGCUUACGCGAAGAAGUGGAGCAGCUUCAGACCUAUGAGCGUCAACAGAGCGAAGUGGACGCUGCAAAAGGUCCGAAGAAUGGCAGCACAAUGACGCCACAGCAAUUCCGAGAGCAUGUGGAGCGACUGAAUCGCGAGGAUAUUACUCAGCUGCGAAAGGAGCGCGAUCGUUUGCUCGAUAAGCUGGCUGAAAUGGAGGCGGAAACUCUGACGGGUCGAAUUAAGGCAGCCAAAAUGAGCGAUCAGGUCGAGGAGUUGAUCAGCGUGAAAAAAGAUCUCGAGGAGCAGCUGAAGCUGGCCAUGGCGCAAAAACUGGAGCUGAGCUCACGCGUACAGCAGCUUCAGCAGCAAAACAAGAGCUCAUCCAGUGGCAGCCCAUCGGAGUACUCCAGUCAACGCAACUUUCUAUCCUCAGCCACGACGGUGCUCUCUAAUGGCAGCUUGGCACAGGCGGAGCAGUCGCGACGGGCCAACACAUUCCAGCCGGUUGUGGUAAUUGAUCAGCAGCCAUUGGCAUCAGCGGCGGACGAACACUUAGCAUUCCAUCAAAGCGCAGGCAGUGAUACGACAGCAGCAGCGUCAGCUUUUCUUAGGAAGCAGCAGCAACAGCAGCCACUGGGCCGGCUGGAUGGAGUUGUGAGUACGCCGGGCGCACGCAAUACCAAGUGCCGCGUUGCGGACUCAAAACGUUUCUCGGCCAUUUUGCUGGAGACGAAUGUAUUGGAACUGCAGCGUCAUCUGCUAACGCUGACGGUGCAGAACCAGGUGCUGCUGCAAAAGCUAGACUCGUCCAGUAAAUGCAAGACACAUCUGGCGAAGCGUUUGGAGAAAAACAAGGAGGACAAUGAGCACUUGCGCUUUCAGCUGGAGGAGAAGAAUAUAGAGCUGGAGGGCACCAAGGCGCAGCUGCGAGUGCUGGAGUCGCGUAUGUUGGCCUCCACGCCCAGUGCGACAAACUCGUAUCUGCAUUCACAGAAUGAUUACGAGACCAAUCGCUCCUCUGCCUCUACCACACUGAUGCUAAGUCGACGCGGCCUGGUUGACUCUGUGGAGGCACGCUCCAGCACGCCCGUGUCCACAACAUCGCCAUUGGCAGCAAUGCCGCAGCCUCAGGCCACACAAAUCAGCACGCCCAGCAUGAAGGCAAUGGUGCAUCUGCCCAUGGAUGAGCUGCAACAGCAUAGCAGCAGCACUGAAUCUGCCCAUGAGCAUGAACUGACGCACGAUGAAACGCAAAGCAAGACAAUGACCAAUAUGUUGGCUCCCAUUGGCAGCAGCACGCCCACCUCAACAGCAGGGGGUGCGAGUGCAGGAAUAGGACCGGCAGCGGGCAGCAUAAGCGCACGUGUGAUGAGCACCAGUGUCGGUGGCGUCAGUCCCUUUGAGCAGACACCGCCACGUGGUGCCGCUUUUCGCAAAUUCCAAUCGGCCAGCAAGCCCAGCAAGAUUCCUUUACCGGGCAGCAAAGCGGCUGCGUAUUUUGGAGCUGCUGGCAAACCACCAACAGGUCGUUCCUCAACGGCAGCUCGCUCACCGCCCUCGGCCAACACAUCGAGCACUUCGUACGGCUCCAGUCGCAGCUCGCUAAGUCGUAGCACCGGAAAUUUGCAGCUUGGGAAAUCACCGCAGAGUCUGAAACGCGCCGAUUCCGCACAAAGCAUUAGUGGCCGAAAAGAUGCAUCCAAUCAUUCACUGAGCACCAACACAAGUCGCAGUUCGACGAGCUCAUCCAUACCGCUGGCAACCACACCCUAUUCCUCAUCCUCCGGUGGGGGUGGGACUGGCAGUGGUGGUCAACGAACUUCAACGACUACAGCCAAUACAACUCCGUCCCCCAGAGUGCUGCAGAACUCGCCGCUGCCGAGGCUGAAGCGUGAGGCGAUGAAGGCGCGUCUGUCCAACACAAUGGCGCCGUUGAAACCAAGUGCUGGCUCCAUAGCAGCGCAACUUAAUUCCACGCUGCGUCAGGAUCUGCAACUGAGCUCAUCGGCGGCGCAGACCUUUCAGCGACGUGCCACCGGUGGUGGUAACAGUGGUGGCAGUGGUGGUGCAGCAGAGCGUGUAACGCGUCGCUUUAGCAGCGCCUCUGUAGCCGCUCGGCACACCGACAGCACCACCGCUGGUGCUGGUGCUGGUGCUGGCACGCCCACAUCCAGCUAUGGCGAUAGUGAUAGUGGCAAGGUCAUUGAAAAUUGUAACUAAAAACAAUUAUGAAAACUUUUCCUAACGACUUUUUAAACAAAACAAAAACCAACAACAACAACAUUGCCUAACCGGAGCUGGUGGACUAAAAAUUUUGGAUAAUGGUGGUGUAUUGAUUGAAUCAAUCGAUUGAUUGUUAAGGCGUUACGUGUUGGUGGUGAAAAUUUAAGCUGCAUGAUAAUGCUAACGUAAGAGUGUGAACAUCGCAAGGAGUUUUUGGUUUGGACAGCUGACAGAGAACAGGAGGCGCAAAGAUCAUCCCCCUCAGCUCAGCUCAGCUCAGCUCAGCCCGCGUCGGCGUCCACCUACACGCCCACAGUACUGUUGUUGUAAACUGUUUGUCUCUUUUGUUUGAACAAAGACAAAGACUUUGACACUUUGCCGCAAUUCGUUAUACGCGUAAGUCUCUCUUUUGUUGUACAUCACUCUCUCUCUCACUCUCUUAAGCUCUCUCACACUCUCUUAGCUUAAGUUCCAAAUUGCUUUUUUAAGUUCCUUUUCACACAACCCACAACAAAAGUGCCAGGUGCCAUUGGCUUAGCAUACCUGCUUAGUACUGUUUUGUUUUUAGUUUGUAGCGCUGCACCCUUAAAUUUUUUAAUACAUAAUCCCGCAACAAAGAGAAUUUUGGGCACACACACGCACUCCCAACUUUACCAACGGGCUCUAAGUAAGCACUGCAACUUUUUAGUAGCAAGCAACAGCAAACAAAUUUGCGAUACUCCAAGGAUUCAAACAGAGUUUCAAUGGCAAGUUUUGUUGCCCAGUGUAAAUAUCGUGCUAAACAUGUGCUGACUAAUCUCGUGAAAAAGGUUGAGGAAAAUAAAUAAAACAAACCAAAGAAUCUAAUCAAUAAUUUUUGUGUUCUAUUCUAAUCAAUUGUUUCUAAUCAAUUUGCUAGCCCCUCUCAUUUUGUUUUUAUUUUCUUUGUGUUUUUUGUGCAUUCAAAAUGAAUUAAAAUAUAUAUGCAACAUAAUAUUGAACUAAAAUGUUUGAAUCUCUUUCUACUCUCUCCCAAUCUCCCGCUCCAAUGCUCUUACGUCUCUCUCUCUCCCUCCCG